AUGUUCGACAACCUGACCAAGAGCCUCCAGAGUGCCAUUGAGAAGCUGGGCCCAGACGCGAAGCUGACGAAGGACAACAUGAAGGAGCCGAUGCGCGACAUCCGCCGCGCCCUCCUCGAAGCAGACGUGUCUCUGCCUGUGGUGCGGCGUUUCAUCAAGAACGUCGAGGGGCGCAUCGCGGGGGCGCAGGUGACGAAGGGCGUCACGCCCGGGCAGCAGCUGGUGCGGUGCGUGUUCGACGAGCUCGUGCAGCUCAUGGGCGAGGAGGGCCAGGGCCUGAACGCCGCGCCGGCGGGACAGCCGCAGGUGGUGCUCAUGGCGGGGCUGCAGGGCGUGGGCAAAACGACGGCGUGCGGGAAGCUCGCGCUGAGCCUGAUGAAGGAGGAGAAGAAGGUGCUGAUGGUCGCGACGGACGUGUACCGCCCCGCGGCCAUCGACCAGCUGCAGAAGCUCGGGAAACAAGUCGGGUGCGAGGUCUUCGAGAUGGGCACGGACGCCAAGCCCGAGGACAUCGCCAAGCGCGGCGUCGAGGAGGCCAAGAAGCGCGGGUGCGACGCCGUCAUCAUCGACACGGCGGGGCGGCUGCAGGUGGACGACGACAUGAUGCAGGAGCUGCGCAACGUGCGCAAGCAGGUCAAGCCGACCGACACGCUCCUCGUCGUCGACGCCAUGACCGGCCAGGAGGCGGCCGGGCUGGUCAAGUCGUUCAACGACGCGGUGGGCAUCACGGGCGCGAUCUUGACGAAGCUGGACGGCGACUCCCGCGGCGGUGCGGCGCUCAGCGUCCGGGAGGUGUCUGGCCAGCCCAUCAAGUACACCGGGGUGGGGGAGAAGAUGGAGGCUCUGGAUAGGUUCUACCCUGACCGCAUGGCGCGGCGGAUCCUGGGCUUCGGCGACGUGCUGACGCUCGUCGAGAAGGCCGAGGACGCCAUCAAGGAGGAGGACGCGCAGCGGCAGAUGGAGCGCAUCAUGUCGAACAAGUUCGACUUCAACGACUUCCUCGCGCAGUACAAGCUCGUCGCGGGCAUGGGCAGCAUGUCGAGCGUCAUGAAGAUGAUGCCGGGCAUGGCCCAGAUCACGGAGAAGCAGCUCCAGGCCGCGGAGGCGCAGUUCAAGGUGUACGAGUCGAUGAUCAACUCCAUGACGCCCAAGGAGCGCGAGAAGCCCGAGCUGCUCGCGAAGAAUCCGUCGCGGCGGCGCAGGAUCGCCAAGGGCGCGGGGCGCACCGAGCAGCAGGUGACGGAGCUGAUCGGUAUGUUCACGAGCCUGCGCGGGCGCAUGAAGACGAUGGCGAAGAUGAUGCAGGCCGGGGCGGGCAACAUGGGUAUGAACUUGAUGGGCGAUGACGAGAUGAUGGCGGCGGCGCUCGAGGGCGCGGGGCCGCGGCCCGUCGCGUCGGGCAAGGUCCGGAGGAAGAAGAAGCUCUCCAAGUCGUCGGGGCGCGGCGGCGGCAAGGGCUUUGGUGGGCGCUGA